ACAGUACACGGCAAAGCAGCGUCAACGCUCGCCGCGUUUUCGAUUUCAUAUGCGCGUACGCAUUCCUCGUAAGAGCGAAAGUUUUUUUUUUAUUUUAAUCAAAACUUCUGUUUAGUAACCAAAAAUGAGUUUGGAGACCAGAAACAAAAAGGUUAUGGAUACCUUUGAGAAAUAUCACAUUGAACGCUGGGGUAAUGGGGAUGUUAAUAAAAGACAGUGCGCUCAAGUGGCGACAAAUGUUGUGGAACAGAAGCACCAAGUGUCGAGGGCGACAAGGAGUCGUGCCCUUGGCAGUAGAGCCUUCCGCGGCAGUACGGUUUGGUUCACGGGACUCAGCGGCGCCGGCAAGACUAGCAUCGCUUUCGCUCUCGAAGCUUAUCUGGUUUCUAAAGGUAUCCCAUCAUACGGACUCGAUGGAGACAACAUUCGAACUGGGUUGAACAAAAACCUCGGCUUCACAAAGGAAGACCGCGAGGAGAAUAUUAGGAGAGUGGCAGAGGUGGCUAAACUAUUCGCCGAUAGUGGAGUCGUAUGCCUUUGCAGUUUUGUUUCGCCAUUUGCCGAGGACAGGGAAGUGGCACGUCGUAUUCACACGGAUUCAGAUUUACCUUUCUUCGAAGUCUUCAUUGAUACACCACUCGAAGUAUGCGAACAGAGAGAUACAAAGGGUCUCUACAAGAAAGCUAGGGAAGGACAAAUAAAGGGCUUCACGGGCAUCACACAAGAAUAUGAAAGGCCUGAAGAACCAGAACUUAUCAUUCAGACUGUUGGUCGUUCCAUCGAGGAAUCCACAAUGGAAGUUAUCAAGCUUCUAGAGUCACAGGGUAUAAUUCCCCGGUUCAGCAGCAGUAGUGCACCGGUGGAGGAACUGUUCAUAUACGGCAACCGUCUCACCAGCGCUUUGGAGGAGGCAGCGCGCUUACCACAGAUUGAAAUCACUGAACUAGAUUUACAAUGGGUUCAGGUGCUAUCCGAAGGUUGGGCGUAUCCACUCAAAGGGUUCAUGCGUGAAAAAGAAUAUCUUCAAGCACUCCAUUUCAACUGUAUAACGUCACAGGACGGUUCAUUAGUCAGUCAAUCUGUGCCAGUAGUGUUGCCAGUCGAGACGGACGUGAAAGAGAGACUGUCAGGCGCAGAUGCCAUAGCUCUGUCUCACUCUGGGAAACUCGUUGCGGUGCUAAGAGCGCCAGAAUUCUAUCCCCAUAGAAAAGCGGAGAGAUGCGCUAGACAAUUCGGUAUACACCAUACGGGACACCCUUAUAUCAAGAUGAUCGAUGAGUCCGGCGAUUGGUUAGUGGGCGGUAACUUGGAAGUAUUCGAGCGUAUACGUUGGAAUGACGGACUCGAUGCGUACAGGAUGACGCCCAACGAGCUGCGGCAAAAGUUCAAGGAGUUAGGGGCCGAUGCUGUGUUUGCAUUCCAGUUAAGGAAUCCAAUUCACAACGGUCACGCUCUGUUGAUGCAAGAUACUCAAAAGCAGCUCGUCCAGCGUGGCUUCAAAAAACCUGUUCUACUUUUGCAUCCGCUUGGUGGAUGGACGAAAGAUGACGAUGUGCCUUUGGAAGUGAGGAUCAAUCAGCAUAAAGCGGUUUUGAGCGAAGGGGUGCUGGACCCUCAGGCUACAGUACUGGCUAUAUUCCCUUCACCGAUGAUGUACGCCGGUCCCACUGAGGUGCAAUGGCACGCCAAAUGUCGUAUGAACGCGGGGGCCAACCAUUACAUAGUGGGGAGAGACCCCGCCGGUCUCCCCCACCCCGCCGCCGCUGGGGACUUGUAUGAUCCUAGACAUGGCGGGCUCAUACUAGCCAUGGCACCCGGACUCGACGACCUAGAGAUUAUUCCGUUCCGCGUGGCAGCAUACGACACUUCGGUUGGCAAAAUGGCAUUCUUUGACCCAACUCGUAAGGAGGACUUCGAUUUCAUAUCCGGUACCAGAAUGAGAGGUCUCGCCAGAGCAGGCAAGGAGCCACCAAAAGGUUUCAUGGCACCAACGGCAUGGAAAGUGCUGUCUGAAUAUUAUCAAUCGUUAAAAUCCAAAAUGGACACCAAUUGAAAAGCAGACCUGACGAAUAUCAAAUGUAGAACAUUGAAAAUUUAUUUGACCUGUGUAUUCGAUACUGACCUACAAAUAUUUUGCUAGUCAAUUUGAGCUUC